AUGCAGAGCACUCCAGUAAAUAUCAUUGUAGGUUCUCAUGUGUGGAUUGAGGAUCAAAACAUUGCUUGGAUUGAUGGACAAGUAUCACAGAUUAAUGGACAGGAUGUUCAGGUCCAGACAUCUGAUGGGAGGACGGUUACAGUAAAUUUAUCAAAAAUAUAUCCUAAAGAUGAAGAUGCUCCUGCUGGUGGAGUUGAUGACAUGACCAAGUUAUCAUAUUUGCAUGAGCCUGGUGUCUUGCAGAAUUUGGCUACAAGAUAUCAACUCAAUGAAAUCUACACUUAUACUGGAAGUAUUCUCAUUGCCAUCAAUCCAUUCCAAAAGUUGCCUCAUUUAUAUGAUCGCCACAUGAUGGAACAAUACAAGGGAGCACCGCUUGGCGAAUUAAGUCCUCAUGUCUUUGCUAUUGCUGAUGCUGCUUACAGGCAAAUGAUAAAUGAAGGUAAAAGCAAUUCCAUAUUGGUCAGCGGUGAAAGUGGGGCUGGUAAGACUGAAACUACAAAAAUGCUUAUGCAAUAUCUUGCUUAUUUGGGUGGCCGUAGAAGCACUGAAGGUCGAACUGUCGAGCAGCAAGUUCUAGAGUCAAAUCCAGUACUUGAAGCAUUUGGCAAUGCCAAAACAGUUAGAAAUAACAAUUCAAGUCGUUUUGGUAAAUUUGUGGAGAUUCAGUUUGACAAAAAUGGAAGGAUAUCUGGUGCCGCUAUUAGAACUUACCUCCUUGAAAGAUCUCGUGUUUGCCAAGUUUCAGAUCCUGAACGCAACUAUCAUUGUUUCUACCUUCUAUGUGCAGCACCUCCGGAGGAGGUGGAAAAGUACAAGUUGGGGGAUCCUAAAUCAUUUCACUAUCUUAAUCAAUCAAGUUGCUAUAAUCUAGUAGGUGUAAGUGAUGCUCAAGAUUAUCUUGCAACAAGGAGGGCCAUGGAUAUUGUUGGCAUUAGUGAGAAAGAGCAGGAAGCAAUUUUUAGAGUAGUGGCUUCUGUCCUUCAUCUUGGUAAUCUUCAGUUUGCAAAGGGCAAAGAAAUUGAUUCAUCAGUUUUAAAAGAUGACAAAUCUAAGUUCCAUCUUCAGACUGUUGCAGAGCUUCUGAUGUGUGAUCUUAAGGAUUUGGAAGAUGCACUAUUGAAACGUGUAAUGGUCACACCUGAAGAAGUAAUAAAGAGAUGUCUUGAUCCUGAUGCUGCUACAGUUAGUAGAGAUGGUCUUGCUAAAACGAUAUAUUCUCGCUUAUUUGACUGGUUGGUGGACAAAAUAAAUAACUCGAUCGGUCAAGAUGCAAACUCAAAAUCUCUAAUUGGUGUUCUUGACAUUUAUGGUUUUGAAAGUUUUAAAACUAAUAGUUUUGAACAAUUUUGCAUUAAUUUCACAAAUGAGAAGCUGCAGCAACACUUUAACCAGCACGUGUUCAAGAUGGAACAGGAGGAAUACACUAGAGAAGAGAUCGAUUGGAGCUACAUAGAAUUUGUGGACAAUCAGGAUGUUCUGGAUCUUAUUGAAAAGAAACCUGGAGGUAUCAUCGCUCUUCUUGAUGAAGCCUGUAUGUUCCCCAAGUCAACUCAUGAAACAUUCUCUCAGAAGCUUUAUCAGACAUUCAAGGCCCACAAACGAUUUAUCAAACCGAAACUGUCUCGCACUGAUUUUACCAUUGCUCAUUAUGCUGGAGAGGUAAAGACUGCAUCUGAGUUAGCUGUUCAGUCAAAUAUUCUCGUGUUGGAUAUAGGCAUUAAUAACAGUAAAG